UUUCCGCUGCUCGCAGAAAAUCCCCCGCUCCUUCCCCACUCCGCACGCGCGCCCCAAAUCCAAAAAAAAUCCCGCUCUUCUUCCUCAAUGCCGAGAUGGCUUCGGGCGUGCGCUCGAUUCGCGAUCCUCGUCCUCUUCCAUCUUCUCGUGGAGCAUCUGCUCGACGAAUCCACCCACUACUGGCCAUUGUCUCUGAUUUUCCACCCAGUUCCACAUAUCUUCUGGCUAGAGUUUGCCCUAACUCUGGCGCUCACAGCACAAGAGCCUGUGGUGGAGCGUCUAGCCCACCUCCGGCGAGUGGCGGCGAGAUUCGCGGCGGGUCGCGUGUAGGAAGCGGCGGCGGCCCCCUGGACGCCGACGAGCGUGCGUCUACGCUGCCAAUUUCGAUUCACGAGGAGGCCAAGAAGUUCUCUCACCAAACUGGAAUCAAAGUUAAGGUGGCAUAUGGAGGAACUUCAAUGAUUCAACAGCAGCUACGUGAUAUAGAAAGAGGUGUGGACAUUCUUGUUGCUACACCCGGCCGCCUUGUGGACAUGAUUGAAAGAGCAAGGGUCUCUCUUGAGGCAAUUAAGUACCUGGUAAUGGACGAGGCUGACAGGAUGCUGGAUAUGGGGUUUGAGCCUCAGAUAAGAAAGAUUGUUGAUGGCAUGGGUAUGCCUCGAAAGUCCAUGAGACAAACUAUGCUUUUCAGUGCAACCUUUCCACCACAAAUACAGAGACUGGCUUCAGACUUUUUGUCGAAGUACAUAUUUAUCACUGUUGGGAGGGUGGGUUCAAGUACCGAUCUAAUUACCCAGAAACUUGAGUUUGUCACUCAUGAUGAGAAAAAAACCUACCUGCUAAAUCUCCUGCAGGAGCAAUCUUUCUGUUCAUCUGAUGGCAAGCCGCAGCAGCCUCUAACACUAGUUUUCGUGGAGACAAAACGCGAUGCUGAUUCAUUGAGGUAUUGGCUAUACAACAAAGGUUUCCCCGCAACAGCGAUCCAUGGUGACAGAACACAAGAGGAGAGGGAAAGCGCAUUGAGAUCCUUCAAGUCUGGCUUGACUCCUAUCAUGGUCGCCACUGAUGUAGUCGCGCGUGGCCUGGAUGUCCCAAAUGUUAGUCAUGUGAUCAACUACGACCUUCCCAAGAGCAUCGAGGACUAUGUCCACAGGAUUGGAAGAACUGGGAGAGUUGGAAAUGCUGGGUCUGCCACCGCCUUCUUCACUGAACAGAACCACCCCAUUGCAAAGGGACUGCUGGAACUGAUGACUGAGGCAAAACAGAACGUUCCUGGCUGGCUAGAGGAUUACGCAGGGAGGCCAUGCUAUGGAGGAGAUUAUCGCAAUGGUGGGGACUAUUCUGGCUACUCUGGUGGUGGUGGCAGUGACAGCUACUCAGGUGGUGGUGGCCGUGGUGGCUACGGUGGUGGUGGUGGCCGUGGUGGCUACGGUGGUGGUGGCGGUGACAGCUACUCAGGUGGUGGUGGCCGUGGUGGCUACGGUGGUGGCGGUGGCCGUGGCGGCUACGGUGGUGGUGGUGGCAGGAGCUACUCGGGUGGUGGUGGUGACAGCUACUCAGGUGGUGGUGGCCGUGGUGGUUACGGUGGUGGUGGUGGCAGAAACUACUCGGGUGAUGGCGGUGACAGCUACUCAGGUGGUCGUGGUGGUGGCGGCAGGAGCUACUCUGGUGAUGGCGGUGGUGGUGGCAGGAGCUACUUGGGUGAUGGCGGCGGCGGUGGUGGUGGCAGGAGCUACUCUGGUGAUGGUGGCGUCAACAGCUACUCCCGUGAUGGUGGUGGCAGAUACUCCAGUGGAGGGGGCUCCUCCAGGGCAAAUGAUCCACCUCCGCGGUACUACCCUUCCUACCCCAUGGGCACGACAAGCAUCAGCGCCUCUGGCUGGGACUAGCUGCGGCGCACCCUCUCCUCUCGGUGCAUAUAUCGUAUAUAUUAUUAUCUAAAAUACCUAGGUGAACCUAAACGUGUGUGGCACACCUGAUCUAUGCUUGGUGUCUGCUGGUCCUUUUGCCUUAUCGAUGGUGGUAUUGAUGGUGCACAGGGGGAGGUUACAAAUGUUUUGCUGGGAAAUGGGAUUUGGUGGUGACAUUGUGAUGCUUAAAACUCUACUUGGUGCUAAAAACUUGCUGGCUGUUAUUGUAAGCAGCAAAGUCUGGUUUACUGUUUAUUGAGGUCUUUAUGAAUGACCCCCUUUUACGAGCUUUUGGUACUAUGUUCUGCA